AAGAGGGAGGUAGCUCGACUUGACACCGGGCGUAUAGAGUUCGCAGCUUGAGGCGAACGAGGGAGUUUGCUUGGCCGAGAUCUCGGCACCAGGCACGGAAGAGGGAGGUUGCUCGGCACCGGCACCAGACACGGAAUAUGGAGUUAAGUUGAGUUAGGUUGUCUUUUUUCAUUUAACUCUUCCUACCCUAGACGAUGAGAUGGAGGUGUCACAGAAUCACCAAAACAUAAAUUCACUGCUUCGUGAUCAUGGUAGUUAAUCAUUGAUACUUUGGAGCCGUGAUAUCUUAAAAAAGCCCUUCUAAAUUCCAGAUUUUUGUUGCAACCAAUUUAAAUAUGCAAUCAUUCGAUGCUCACUCCAUCUUGUCCGCCCUAACGGGUGCAGCCUCGUGUUUUUUCGAUUGCCUAAGUCCUGCCCUAGCGACGUGAGCGGACUUGCGCAUCUGUUGCGGUGCUCCGAUGACGAUCGUCAGCAUUUUAGCGUCCAACUAUUUUAGGUUUUAGGAUUUGAGAAGUAGAGAAAAUUCCGUCAAUGAUGUUACGAGCCCUCUUUCGAGCCAAAAACCCCAAUUUCUCUGCUUCCUUUUUUGGAAUCCUUACAAAACAUCUUCCUCAAGUUUCUACCACAUUUAGAUGUGGAAGGUUAUAUGGAGAACCUGUUUUAAAAGUGCCAAUCAUGGAUCUAGAACAACGGCGACGACUCUACCAUGAUGGGAGGCCGAGGGGUCCACUAUGGAGGGGGAAGAAGCUACUCGGGAAGGAGGCACUCUUUGUGAUACAAGGAAUGAAGAGGUUCAAGGAUAAUGAUGAUAAUUUGGCUAAGUUUAUCAAGUUCCAUGUCUUGCGGUUGCUGAAGCUAGAGAAGAUCACAGUGCUCAAUGAGCUUGAGAGGCAAGAGGAGGUUGGAUUAGCACUCAAGAUGUUCAGGUUAAUUGAAAAGGAGGACUGGUUUAAGCCAGACGUGUUUCUGUACAAGGAUUUGAUUAUUUCCUUGGCGAAGGGUCAAAAGAUGGAAGAAGCUAUGCAAGUGUGGGCAAGCAUGAAAGAAAAGGAAUUAUUUCCUGAUUCACAGACUUAUGCAGAGGUUAUCAGGGGAUUUCUCAGAUAUGGUUCGCCAGCUGAUGCAAUGAAUAUUUAUGAGGACAUGAAAAGAUCUCCAGAUCCACCGGAAGAGUUAGCCUUCAGGAUUUUAUUGAAGGGCCUUGUUCCCCAUCCUCUCUUAAGAAAUAGAGUAAAGCAAGACUUUGCUGAAUUUUUUCCUGAGAGGCACAUUUAUGACCCCUUGGAUGAGACUUUUGGCAUGCAAUGAGAUAUACAGUCUAUCCUUAUUCAAUUUUUUCAGACUUUGAACAUUCUCAACUUUUUCAUGAAAGCAUUAAUGGUUUGUUU